UUGAUUAUUGCAAAAUAUGAACUAAAAUUGAUACAAAAUAUGUAAUAUGAAAUGUAGUUCUCAGCUCCCUAUCUUUAAAACAUAAUUCAUGAGAAUAUAUGUUUGAUAAAUACAUAAUUGUUUGAAAUUUUGUAAGAUGCCUAGAUGAAAGAACGCUAAUGUUUGUAGGGUAUAUACAAUGGUUUAAAGAUGGCUGUGCUUCACAGAGCAUUAUUCACCUGGUUUAUAUUGCUAGUGUUUUUAAUUCUUUUAUGCCUGAGACUCGAGACAAGAACUCAUUGGAAUUGGUUCAUAGUAUUUAUCCCAUGGUGCUAUGAUGGAAUACUAUUGAUAUAUGUACUAUUUCAAAUGAUACAGCAAUGCAAUGCUUGCACAGAACGAAUAAGAAAUUCAUUGAGUAAAAAUAUUUGGUAUAUGGCAGCCAUACUCUUGAAAAUGGCUGCACAAAUAACUAUAUGCUUGAAAUUAGAAUAUCCUAAAUUAAAUCUUCCUAUUUAUUUAGUUUUAAGUCCUUUAUGGAUUUUGUUGCCAGCUUUAAUUGUUGAUGUGUUUUAUUUUAGUAAGAGGGUAGUAAUAGGUAUUAAAGGCUUUAUAUAA